AUGCGCCCCUACUCCACCGCCAGCGGUCCAACUCCUGCCGCUGUUGUUGCUGCGCCGGCGAUAGCCGCAACAGCGGUGGCAACUUCUUCUGCCGAGGGCUCCGACUCAGCAGCGGUGCGUGAUAGCGACCAGAGCAGACCGACGGACGGUGAGGACGCGUUUUCCAAGUCGGCGGCGUCUAGCCAAGGCUGGGGCGCUGCAGAGGCCCUCCUCGGCUCAGACAUGAUGUCCAAGUUGAAGCAGCUCAUGGAGAGUGAGAAGGCCAAGAAAGCUCAGUCAGCCGCGACUUCGUAA